GAUGACGUUAGCCAGUGCGACUGAAACAGAUGUGUGAUGGUGGCGCGUGUCCUUACGGCGCGACCGUUCAACUCUCUCAGACUGAGGGCGUUCGGGAGGCUCGUGAGGAGAAGCUGAUCUGCGGAAAGUAAAGGUGGCACAGAAUCUGCAGAGGUUUCAGGUUGGUAAAAGGAGGCUGGCUUAACACAUGAACAAAUGGAGCAGAUGUGCCCAGCUGUCAAGGAGACUGCAGAGAUGAGCCAUAAAUGUGAUGAGGUGACUUUUAAAGAACACAGAAAUGAUGAGAAAAAGGAAAAUCUCUUGCUACACAGGGACCUCAUUUUCGCUGUUACCACAGAUCAAAGAAGUGUGGACAUUAAGAAAGAAGAUUGUGAAUGGGAAUCCAUUCACCUGGAGAGUCAUGGAAUUAAGGAGGAGGAGGAGAAUAGUGAGUGGGUGUCAGUAAGCAUUAAAGAAGAAUCCGAGCCAAGAUCGAUUAGCUCAGACAUGCUGGAAAAUGAAAUUGUAAGCAGCAUAAAGGAAGAAGUCAUCAAAUCAGAGCCUUUCUUUCAGUAUGUGUGUCCAGGUGAAGAGGUGCCUCAAAUAGGCUUUACAUCAAGCAGUCACCAUACCCUAGAGUAUCAAUCUGUUCAUCUGAAGUCCGAAUCUUUGGAGCCGGACAUAAAGAUUGAGGAAGCAUCAUGUUCUAGUCAUUCUAGAGAAGAUUUACAGGGGAGUGGCUUUGCCUCACCAUCGUCAGUUAUUCAGAACUCUCUUCAGCGCAAACCACAGCAGAUAGUGCAUGAUGGAAAUAUGAAGAUACUGAAGUCUGGAUCAGAAAUUUUAAUUAUAGACACAUUACAGGAUAACUCUACCCCCAUUGUAAAACUAAUAAGGUCUGAUACAACAAACAUUAAAGAACAGGUGCAAAAUUCAAAUGGAGAAGAUUUGCAUGUCUGUGAAUAUUUGAGGGAAACUAUUAAAUGCAGAGAUGAAUGUAAAGAUGAUCAGAAGAGUUGUAAAAGUCGGGAGUCAUAUUGCUGUUCUGUUUGUGGAAAACAAUUCUUCAAGAAUUGCCAUCUUCAGACCCACAUAAGAAUUCACACUGGCGAGAAACCGUACUGCUGUUCUGAAUGUGGAAAACAAUUUUCAGUGAAUAGCCAUCUGCAGACUCACAAAAGAAUUCACAGUGGAGAGAAGCCAUAUUGCUGUUCUGAAUGUGGAAAGCAAUUCUCCAGCAGCACCAAUCUUCAGAUCCACAGAAGGAUUCAUACUGGAGAGAAGCCAUAUUGUUGUCCUGAGUGUGGCAAACAAUAUUUGCAAAAAGGCCAUCUUCAGCACCAUUUAAGAAUUCACACUGGUGAAAAGCCGUAUUGUUGUUCUGAAUGUGGUAAACGAUUCACCAGGAAUAGCAGUCUUCAAAUUCAUCAAAGAAACCACAAUGGUGAGAGUCCAUAUUGUUGUUCUGAAUGUGGCAAGCGAUUCACCACCAACAGCAAUCUUAAAACCCAUACAAGAAUCCAUACGAAGGAGAAGCCACAUCAGUGUUCUGAAUGUGGGAAACAAUUUUGUAGCAGUAGUAAUCUCAAGAUCCACACAAGAAAUCAUACUGGGGAGAAGCCGUAUUGCUGUUCUCAGUGUGGAAAACGAUUUGCCAGAAAUAGCCGUCUUCAUAUGCAUGAAAAAAGGCACAAUGGUGAGAACCCGUAUUGCUGUUCAGAUUGUGGCAAACGAUUCAGCACCAAUGGAAAUCUACAGGUACACAAAAGAAUUCACACAGGAGAGAAACCAUACUGCUGUGAUGACUGUGGCAAGCAAUUCAUCACUAGUAGUCAUCUUCAGAGGCACAGAAGAGUUCACACUGGAGAGAAGCAAAACAUCACUUCAAAAAACCACUUCAUGACUCAAGAGUGAAGUUCACUGCUGUAUUAAAAGUAUGCAAACUAAACCAUUGUUGAGAAAUUAACCCCAAUAUGCAUCAGAUGUGGAAUAAAACAGUUGAAAUUGUGCCAGUGUUGCACAACAGGUCUUUUCCAAAAACAAACAAAAAAAAAUGUUUUAAGGUUCAUCUGGAUGCCCUACUAAUUAUUACCACAUACAAACUACAGCAGGAAGCACUAUUACAGACCACAGAAGUACUACAUUGAGCCCUUUCUGCAAAUUGUAUGGGAGUAACAGCAUGAGCAAUAGAACAUUACUCCUGUUUGGAAAGGUAGAAAAUAACUGGGGAAAAAUAUCCCCAAGCAGUUUUCCUAUUCUGUGGACAAAAAUGCACAAUUAGUAGCAGUCUUCAGUGCAGGUGUUACACCGAUCCCUCGCUGCAAAUUUAAGGUGCUGAGGUACAGUAGUACUACAGAAACAUUAUGACUAAAGAGUAACUUUCACUCCUGUCUUGUAAGCACACCACAAAAAUUUGGAGAAAUUAACUACAAUAUACAGUAAAGCAUAUUGCUGAGAUGACUGUUGGAAACGAUGCUCUGGAAGAAGCAGCUUUCAAACACAAAAAAAUGAACACUAGAAAGACACAAAUCCACCUCUAUUAUGAAGUUUGGUCAGAUGUUUUGUAAAACUUCCAAAUCUUGUGCACAGAUAGAGGCAGUAGAGUUUGCUAGGAAUGAAGGCUUGCAUAUUAAAAAAAAAACAACUUGCAAGGAUACAAAUAUUGUGGUAAAUAUGCUGAUUUCCUGCU